GGAGGGCGGACGACAGCAGCAGCUCAGAGAUUCGGAGCACUCGCCGAGCAGCGGCCGAGAGCGCCUCCGGGACCCCAAACUCUUUGUGUCCCGAGAAGGUUCGGCCGAUCCGCUGGAAGGCUGGGCCUGCGGAAUCUCGGCUGCCAUCGGAUUCGCCCCCUUCGCUAAAAGCCCGACGACGACGGUGCAGUGAGGCAGGCAGAUCUGUGGUGUCACUUCGCGGGGCGGCCUCUCUCUUCUCAGUGCUGAAGUGUCUCCGAAGUCUCAUCUCGUCUUCUUCUUCUUCUUCUUCUCCUCCUCCUCCUCCUCUGUCGGAGUGCGUGGUUCUGUUUGCGCGCUGCCGUCGAGGGGAGUGUACUGAAGCUCUCGUCUAUUAUUCUCUGGUUGUGGCCCGCCGAGUCGAGCGCUCGAGGUUUUCUCGAUCUUGCGAGCUGCACGAACGCCACAGCCGGUCGGAUGUCGACGCACGCUGGAGUUUGAUGCUGAGGGAGAGUGGGGGAAUGUCAGUCGAGGUUUGGAGGACGGCACAGCCUUCGCCUUCUGAAGAGCCUGAUCAUCGGCGGACAUAAAGGAGUGACCGAGUCUAGUUGAGGCGAGGCGGUGAUGAAGCUAUGGCGCCGUAGAGAGAGCUAUGGGAUGGAUCAUCGACCGAUUUGAAGGAAUAAUAAUUCCUCACCGUAUUUGAUUGCUUGCAAAGGCUCGGGUGGACGACCGACCGACUGACAGAGCAGAGGGGAAAGCGAGUCAGAUGCCUUGAAGCCAGAAGGACAGAUUUAGACGAAGGUAGAGAUGGAGCCUCGCGAGGUGAGGAAGGCGCUGAUGAUGUGCGCAGUAGUGGUCGUGGCGCUGGGCCUCUCGUGGGCUGGGGCGGCGCAGGGCAAGUACGUGGUGGAAGAGCGGGGUCUGAAUGUUCUGUCGCCUGGAUCGUUGGAGGGGAAAUUCGAUGUGGCCGUGAGCAGUUUCGGGCGGCCAGGGUACGCGGGAUCCAUUCUCGGGUCGUUGCAGUAUCCGAAGCAAGGGGCGUCCGGGUGCACUGCCUUCAACAAGUUCUCGGUCUCGUUCAAGAAAUCCGACAGCGACUACAGGCACUCGCCCAUCGCUCUGAUCGAGAGCACGGGAGAGUGCGACUUCGCCUGGCGAGUGUACAACGCGCAGCUCGCCGGGGCUGCCGCAGUUCUGAUCGUGGAUGGCAAGGACGAGCCUCUGAUCAAGAUGGCCGACUCCGCCUAUGCCUCGCCCCCUUCGUCGGCCAAGUAUGUGGCCAACAUCACCAUCCCGUCCGCCCUGGUGAAUAAGACUCUGGGCGAUUUGCUCAGGACGGAGCUGACCACUGGCAGUGGGCAGGUGAACGUGAAGCUGGAGUGGGGGGAAGCUCCGACCGAGCCUCUGAUUUACGAGUUCUGGACCAUCAGUCAGGACAAAUGUGGGGCCAACUGUGAUUCUCAGGUCGAAUUCGUGCAGAGCUUUCGAGGAGUGGCCCAGAAUCUCGAGAAGGGAGGGUACACGGUUUUCACUCCCCAUUACAUCGUCUGGUUCUGCCCUCCCAAGUUCACGGAGUCCAAGGAAUGCAAGUCCCAGUGUCUGAACAACGGCAGGUACUGCUCUCCGGAUCCUGAGGACAACUUCGAAUCUGGCUACGAGGGCAAAGAUGUGGUGACGGAGAACCUCAGGCAGCUGUGCGUUCACAAGCUCUUGUUGGAGCGGAAGAAGCCCUGGGUCUGGUGGGAUUAUGUGGCAGACUUCCACCUCCGGUGCUCGAUGAAAGAGGGCAAAUACACGCAUGAUUGUGGCGACACAGUAGCAGGGUUCUUGGGCUUGAAUGCCACUGACAUCCAUGCUUGUAUGGGCGAUCCUGAUGCUGAUGCCGAUAAUUUACUUCUCAAAGCAGAGCAGGACGGACAAGCUGGAAAUGGAGGCGAGCGAGGGGACAUCGUCAUCACUCCGACUCUGGUGAUCAGUGACAAGCUGUACAAAGGAAAGCUGGAAAACGGAGCUGUGCUCAAAGCCAUGUGCAGUCAAUUCGCUGAGGGUACGGAGCCUUCUUUGUGCAUGGGCCAUGAAUUGCAGACCAACGACUGCUUGGACGCCAAUGGAGGAUGUUGGGCCGAUGCUUCAGGCCUCGUGACAGCUUGCAGGGACACCUUCAAAGGCCGAGUUUGCGAGUGUCCUUACUAUCAGGGAGUCCAAUUCAAAGGCGAUGGUUACCAGUCGUGCACCCCCACUGGUGAGUACCGAUGUUCCAUCAAUAAUGCUGGUUGUUGGCAGGAGACUAGAGGUAACCAGACCUUCUCUGCUUGCUCUGGCGACAAACCAGAGGGCUGUGAAUGCCCAGCUGGAUUCAAAGGAACUGGUGUGGAUGCCUGCGAGAACAUCGAUGAGUGCAAGGCCAAGACCAAGUGUCAGUGUUCGGAUUGCAGCUGUACCGACACAUGGGGAAGCUAUGACUGUCAGUGCGCUGGUGACUUGAUCUACCUUGCUGAUAAUGACGCUUGUGUGAGGAAGACAACUUUAGAAGAAAAAGGGGUUUUAUGGUUUAGUUUUGCAGUAGUGGGAUUGGCAGUGGUGUCCCUGAUCGUGGUUGCAAUCAUAGUAUACAAAUACAGAGUGAGGUCCUACAUGGAUUCCAGGAUCCGAGCCACUCUUGCUCAGUACAUGCCUCUAGAUUCCAGCAGCCAGGAUAUCUACAGACAUCUACAAGAAGAAAGUGGAUGAUCUGAUCUAUACCAUUACAGUUACCUGUUCGGGGUUGUUUCAAGUUGAGGGUUAACACCUCAACUUAUUAGGAGAGAUCGUCCAGUCAGUUAUUUAAUGCGGCAUGAGUUAGGUGUUACUAGUAGUAAUGAGCUGUAAAUUUUCAUGUACUAUGAUUGCUACGAGAAAAUCAUUCUGGAUUUCUUCGAAUUCGGCAAGAUUAGAUAUCUGCCCUAUCAAUGUGAACCGUCUUUUUUUCUUUGUUUUCUCCCUGUUUUGUCCACAAUCUUCCGUUUCCGUCAACUUGGAUCCACUAUACCUCCCUGUAUCAAGGAUCCAAAUCUUCUCGAUGUGUCUCCACUUUGUUGACAUUCUUGUAGCUCUCUCACUAGUCUUGUGACUCAAG